AUGACCACCAUUUUCAACACACCGGGUACCUACCCGCCUAAUACCUUCUUACCGCAGAUAAGCGCCAUUGUCACCUCAAGCGACUACUCUUCUUUAGCUGAGGAAACAGCCAAACAUCUCGUCGAGGCGGUCACUACCUCUUCUAACCCCUCCUCGGCACUCUGGGAACUAUGGACGGCCUUCUUCGAAUCUGUCAUAUCUUCAUCUUCACCCGAAGCCCAUUUUGCUCUACUUGAUUCCAUCCGUGCACAGCCACCCACACUGCCCAACAAUUUAUCCAAAACAACAAGGGACGUAAAGGAGGCACUUCGCAGCCAUACUAAAGCGGACGGCAAAUUACAUUGGUCGCAACUGCCGCGAUUUGGUUGGGAAUGGUACGACACGUAUGCCACGCUUCACCAAUGGCGUGACUGGACCAGCAUACAAGAUGCAGACUCUGAAAGCGGUACGCCCAAUCUCAGGUCGAGUAUUACUUGCAGUCAGCGAUGGCUCCGCUUCGUCAACUUCUCAACCAGGCUGCUCAAACGCAGCAAGGAACAGCCCGCACAUGAGACUAUAUGGGUAUUUUACACCUGCAAGGAUGUACUCGAGCACGAGAAGCCCCCACCCCGUCAGCCAGAUAAGCACAGGAUGUCGGCUGAGCAGUUGUGGGCGCUGGACGUUCGUGUGGCAGCAAUCUGGGUGCGGGAUGGGGCGCGUGCACUGUGGAACACGGACUAUGGAGAGCUUAGGAAAGAGUGGGAGGCGGCAUUAGACGAACCGACAGACUUGUGGCCGAGAGAAGACGGACUGAACAGGGAACGGUGGCAACUAUGGGAGGAAAGACUAUUAGUUUUAAGUACAGAUGAGGCUAGUCUCGACGAGGAGACCAGAGGCCUGGUCAAAGAGGCGUAUGAAGUGGUCAAGGAGCUCUUGUCAAAUUUCUGA